GAAAACCCGGAAGCCCUACAACAGAAGACAACACCUCGCUGUAAUCUCUGCUCCAAACUUGUUUCUGAAAACAGUAACGGUCUUGUAGGUCAUCUGGUGUAUCAUUUUGUUAAAUCUCACCUCUAAAUGGUCUGUAAUAAGGCUUCAGUGUUUAUUAUGCUUCUGUAGCCGAGGUUAUACUCACUGAAACACUGUAAACAAACUGUGACUGAAGCAGCCUUUGAGCAGCUGAGGAAGAUGCCAGCUCGUAGCGUUGUUUCCAGCGAUAUCCCGAACAGCAAAGUCAGGUACUCCAGGUUAGCCACCGAUGAUGAUGGCUACAUUGAUUUACAGUUCAAAAAGCCCCCACCCAAAGUCCCAUACAAAGCCAUUGCACUAGCAACAGUCCUCUUUUUAAUCGGCUCUCUGUUAAUCAUCGUUGGCGCCCUUCUCCUGGCUGGAUACUUUGAAGUCACUCACUCAGACCGAACAGUUCCUGUCCUUAUCAUCGGCAUCCUGGUCUUCCUGCCUGGAUUUUAUCACCUACGGAUAGCUUACUAUGCAUCAAAGGGCUACCAUGGCUACUCCUAUGAUGAUAUCCCAGACUUUGAUGACUGACAGCUGCAGUCUCCUGUGCUUACAUAAACUCAUAAUAAUCUUAUUCCAAAUAACAGGCACUGAAAAAAGGAUUCUUUGAAUUACCUUUAUCUAAAUCUUAAUGAUAUUUGUAUUACUUUAAGAGGGUUUUACUAAAUAUGUAGAUAAUUUAUGCUUACUUGCUGUUAUAAAACUGAUUUAAUUUCAGACUUUGUAUGAUUUGUAUAUUUGCUUUGAUUGCUUGAUAAGUUAAUUAAACUGUAGUACUGGGA